UUCUAUAUAGUUUUCAAGAUCAGUCUUCAAUUGGCAUUUGCAAAGGAAGGUAGUCGUUAUGUCGGAAGAGGAUUCAUUAAUUGAGAUUCCCCGCAGUGAAUGGACAAAGCUAAGGGCUCUAUAUGCCCACAAGGAUACCGAUCCUCAGGGUUAUCCUUGCAUCAAUAAUUUCAUCAGUUGGGUGGAACAAGAACCCAGUAUUCAAGCAAAAAUCUUAUCUCUAAAUGGCAACUGGCAACAAGACGGAACUUUUUUAUUAACUUUGGAUGUGGAUGUUGGUAUCAAGCAUCUGUAUUUCAAUACACUCUCUGAUAAUUUGGACCGUGUGACGAGAGCUAUUGGAUGCUUAAAAAACAUAGAAAAAGAGUAUUUAUUCUUUGGAUUUUGUUCUCGUCUAAGACCAGUAGUCGAAGCGAUUUCUAAAAAAUAUUACAUCAAUGAGCUACAUAUUGUGGAUACUGUUUGGUAUCAAGUCAGUAAAGAUGUGAUAGAUACAUUCAAAAUUGAAGCCCCCACUGGCAUUACUCUAUCAAACCUGAAAGUAGAAGAUGCUGAAACUAUCAAUGAAAUUUGGCCUCAUCGUACCGAUAAAUCGGUAAACUUUGUGCGAAGUCUCAUAAAGUAUAAUGUUAAUGUUGGAGCCUACGAUGAAAAUGGAAAAUUGGUUGCCUGGUGUUUGAGAUUACCCAUUGGCUCCUUGGGUUUACUGCAAGUUCUUGAUACCCACAAACGCCUGGGUCUGGGUAGUUUAAUGGUACGAUCCAUGGCCAUCAAAAUUUCCGCCUUGGGGGAUCAAGUUCUGGCUCCAGUGGUUACUAAAAACAUUGCCUCCCGGAGUAUGUUUGAAAAGCUCGGAUUCCGGUCCAUUGAUACCAUCUAUUGGGCUGAUUAAGAAUGCUAUUAAAAUUUAUAAUAAAUAAAAUGAAUCAGCAAACAUUUA